UCUCUCUAAAAAUAAAAUAACGUUCAUCCGAAAAUCCCGAUUCUUCCAAAAAAAAAAGAGAAGAAAAACAAAUCAAAAAAGAAAAAAAACGGAUCCAAAAAACAUGCCCCGAUAAAAAUAACAACAAACCCUAACCCUAGCUUUCCUAUUUCGCACGCACGAACGAACGAACGAACUCUUCUCUCUCAUCAUCAACAUCUUUCUCUGUUUUCCUCCUCCAUACGAAUUACAAAUCUCAGAGCGUUAAUCUGUAUUGUAUCGCUGUAGAUUUGUUAAGGUUUUCCGGUUGUCGGUGGUGGUGGUGAUGUAUGUUGCAAGGGUGGUUGUGGAAGUGGAUGGUGGCGGCGGCGAUGACUGGUGGUGAUGGUGGAGGGAGAUGUCAGCGGCGGAGGAAGAUGAUGGUAAGGAUUAACGAAGGGGAGGAAAAGAAGCCAUGUUCAAUAUCUCUUGUACCUAGGGUUUCGGAAAACGAAAUUACAGAAAAGCCCUCAAAGUUGGAGAAAAUUACGGAACUGCCACAACAAGCUAAAGAAAUUGAGAAUGGGAUAGACUUUUAUACACAGGCAAGAAAAGCUUUGUCUCUACGUUGUCCUUUUGAUUCUGAGGAUUCUAAUUCUCAGUCACAGCCAUCUUCUUCAUCUACUCUGCACCUUACUUUACCUAAUAACUUAGCUCAGUUGUUAAAUAAGAAUUCUGAUAGUAGAAAACGGCAUAAGAAGUCUCAUGCAGGAACUGAAACUAAGAAGAAGUCGUCUUCGCGGCAAAAAGGGGGUCGGAAUAGUGGAUUCUGGGAUGAUGUGGAGGAAUACUUUCGUGUAUUAUCUGUGGAAGAUAUUGAUAGAUGGUCUAAACUUGGGUCUUUCGAGUUUUUGGGUAAUGAUAAAAAAUUAUUGUACGUUCCUACAUCUGACAAUGUGGGCAGUGCAGUGAAUGAUAGUGGGGUGACGGCUAAAGAAGAGAAGGAGAAUGAGCAAUUUAUGGACGUGGACAGUGAAGGAGGAAAGGAAACUGAAUUGCCUAAAGAAGAAAAUGAUGGAAAUGUGAAGCCCUGUUCGUCCCCCUCUUUGCCUUUCAGUGGGUUGGAGUGGCUAUUAGGUUCUAGGAAUAAGAUAUAUAUUGCCUCUGAACGACCUUCAAAGAAAAGGAAGCUUUUGGGUGGAGAUGCAGGGUUGGAGAAGCUUCUAGUUGCUCGCCCUGUAGAAGGGUCAGAUUCAUUUUGUCACUAUUGCAGUUUAGGCGACCAUGGUGAUGUGCUGAACAGACUGGUUGUUUGUAGUUCUUGUAGUAUCCCUGUUCAUCAGAGAUGCUAUGGUGUGCAGGAUGAUGUUGAUGGCACUUGGUUGUGUUCUUGGUGCAAGCAAAAUAAUGAGAUGGUAAGUAUUGACAAGCCAUGUGUUCUUUGCCCAAAAAGCGGUGGUGCUCUGAAACCUUGUAGGAAAAGAGGUCUGGGAAGUGAAGAAUCUUCUCGACUGGAGUUUGUUCACUUGUUUUGUUGUCAGUGGAUGCCUGAGGUAUUUGUUGAGAAUACUAGGAUCAUGGAGCCGAUAAUGAAUGUUGAUGGCAUAAAGGAUACACGGAAGAAGUUAAUUUGCUAUCUGUGCAAGGUGAAACAUGGGGCGUGUGUUCGGUGCAGUAAUGGAGCUUGUAGGACUUCUUUCCAUCCUAUAUGUGCCAGGGAAGCAAGCCACAGAAUGGAGAUAUGGGGGAAACUUGGAUGUGAUGAUGUUGAAUUACGUGCAUUCUGCUCGAAGCAUUCAGAUUUCCAGAUCAGCAGUAGCAGUCAACAAGGUAAAGGCACUGCAGUAGACGUUGUUUCUUGCUCCACAGAUAACAAUCAGUUGGCUGCGUCAGUCACAGCCAAACCACACAAGUUAAAGCUUGGCUUAAGAAAUGGAGACAAAAUGGUGUUGCACACGGACAGUUCCAUCUCAGGUUUAGAUAAGUUGAAUGAUGAUGGAUUGCAACAGGAAGGGCUGCUGGAGAAGGGCUUGAAUCUUAGACACCAAACAGAAUACGGUGUUUCACAGCAGCCUGUUAAUAGGGACUUGUGUGAAAACAAAGAUGGUGAUGUGGCUGAUCCAGUAGAUUUCACCAUGAUAUUGAAAAAGUUAAUAGAGCAGAAAAAGGUUGAUGUAAAAGAUGUUGCUGUGGAGAUUGGUGUACCUUCAGAUUUGUUGGCCUCAAUGCUCAAUGAUGGUAAAAUGGUUCCUGACAUACGGUCCAAGGUAGCUAAGUGGUUGAAGAAUCAUGCUUAUAUUGGAAGUUUACAUAGAACUUUAAAAGUCAAAAUUAAAUCCACAAAAGCCCCAAAAGUUGGGGCUGGUGUGGUGGAUGAUUUGGAUUCCAUUAGAGUAACCGAACCCGAGAUUACGGACUUCGUACCCGUGAAAUCUGUACCACCUCGAAGAAGAACCAAAAACAAUGUCAGGGUUGUGAAAGAUGGUGAAUCACUUUAUUCAUCUAAGGAGACAGUAAACAUUGAUGGAGUAGCAGCAGAUGAUGCUAAAACUAGUGUGAAUGGAAGGGAAGAUUCAAGUUGUCCAAGAGAGCUUCUGUCUGCUGGUGUACAGAAGAUUUCGACUGUUUCCGCCACUGAUGUUGGUAAUGCUCAUGUUGAACAUCACAAAGGUGAAGACCCACAGGUUAUGCUCGCGACUAUUCCCUCAAAAGCAACUCUAGCAGGCGAUCCCAAUGAUGAUGAAGUGCCAAUCCAUUGCCUUGACAAUGGUCAAGUGGAGCAGGGUGCUUUAUCUGUACAGAAUCUUGCGACAGUUGCUGAUAUGAGUAGCACUAGUUCUUCGGUUUCUUUCAAUCACUUACCAGAUGUCCUUAAGCAGGAAACUUUCCAUAGCUUUCACAUUCACCCUUUUAUUCAAAAUAGGUUAAGGCAAAUGGAGAGCAGGGUCCCUUUGGAUGAUUUGAGACAAGGUGAGGUUUCUCAGAUUGAAGCAUCUUCCAGUUCAGGAAUCUGCUGCAGUCAACAUUCGCAACAUUCAACUUCUGGCGACCUCUUCAAAAUGAAUGGUGCUUGCUCUGAACAGUUGGUAAAGGCGAGUGCUAUGGGCCUGCUGGAGCUUUCACCAGCAGAUGAGGUGGAAGGAGAGCUCGUUUAUUACCAGCACAGACUGCUUUGUAAUGCUGUUGCAAGGAAACGUUUUGGUGAUAAUUUAAUUGUUAAGGUUGUGAAUAGUCUCCAACAGGAGACUGAUGCUGCUAGGCAACGAGAAUGGGAUGCUGUGUUAGUUAGCCAGUAUCUUUAUGAGCUUAGGGAAGCCAAAAAGCAAGGAAGGAAAGAAAAACGACAUAAGGAGGCACAGACUGUACUGGCUGCUGCAACUGCUGCAGCUGCUGCAUCGUCUAGGAUUUCAUCAUUGAGGAAAGAUAAUAUAGAAGAAUCCGUGCAUCAGGAGAUGAAUGCUACCAACGAAAGACUUAGGCUUUCUUCUCAACAGAAUCCUCGGGUCAAGGAGACGCUUUCAAGGCCGACUGCUAUGCGCAUAUUACCAGAAACGAACUCUGAUCUUGUCCAGCUAAGUUCAGAUAUUUUGAAAGACCAUGCCAGAACUUGUGAUGUGUGCACACGGUCCGAGACCAUUCUAAAUCCUAUCUUAGUUUGUACCAGCUGUAAGGUUGCUGUUCACUUGGAUUGCUAUCGAAGUGUAAGAAACUCAACAGGUCCUUGGUACUGUGAACUAUGCGAGGAAUUAUUGUCAUCUGGGGGCUCUGGAGCUCAAGGUUCUCAUCUUUGGGAGAAGGAGAAACCUUGUUUUGUCGCAGAAUGUGAGUUAUGUGGCGGUACUGCUGGUGCUUUUAGAAAGUCAAAUGAUGGUCAAUGGGUUCACGCCUUCUGUGCUGAAUGGGCCUUUGAAUCAACAUUCAGAAGAGGACAAGUACAUCCAAUUGAGGGUCUGGCAACUGUCCCCAAGGGUAAUGAUGUCUGCCUUGUUUGCCAGCGGAGAAAAGGUGUAUGCACUAAGUGUAGUUAUGGUCACUGUCAGAGCACAUUCCAUCCCUCUUGUGCUAGAAGUGCUGGCUUGUUUUUAAGCAUGAGAACUAAUGGUGGCAAGCUGCAGCACAAAGCUUAUUGCGAUAAACAUAGUUUGGAACAGAGACUUAAGUCCGAGACUCAGAGACAUGGGGUGGAAGAAUUGAAGAGUCUGAAGCAAGUCAGGGUUGAAUUGGAGCGAUUACGGCUGUUAUGCGAAAGAAUUGUCAAGCGAGAGAAGCUGAAGCGUGAAGUAAUUCUUUGCUCACAUGAUAUUCUGGCUUCUAGUAGAGACAAUGCUGUUUUAUCUGCUCUGACUCGACACCCUUACUUCCAACCUGAUGUUAGUUCAGAUUCAGCUACUACGACUUCCAUUAAAGGCUACACUGAUGGCUAUAAAUCAGGCAGUGAAACAAUACAAAGAUCCGAUGACAUAACGGUAGACAGUGCUGUAGCAGGAAAACGGCGCAUUAAGUUUCCCGUGUCGAUGGACAAUGAUCAGAAGACUGAUGAUAGUUCUACAUCACCCAACCCUGUCACACAAAAAACUUCACGAGUGUCAUUUUCUGGGAAGCAAAUUCCAUAUAGAGCUUCUUCCAUUUCUACAGAUCACGGGGACAUGCGAUUGCGAUACAGAAAGCAUAUGGAAACUUUUGAGAAAGAGCUGGUAAUGACUUCAGAUCAAGCCUCAGUGAAGAACCAGCGAUUACCUAAAGGGUACGUCUAUGUCCCAAUCCGGUGUCUUCCUAAGGAGGAGGAAGCUGCUCCAGACGAGUGUUCUGGAGAACCACUGGAUCCUGAUGGAUAGGUUUAGGCCGAGUAAUUGUAGGAUUUUGGCACAUGUGUCUGGCAUUUUGCUGCUGGUACACCAUUUUUAUCUGAACCAUCGGGAAGGAUGCCCUAUUUAAAGACAAGAUGAUGACAACAAGCGCCCGCCCUUCCAGGAGCCAUCGAGAUUAGGUUUGAUUGUUGUAUAUUCAGAGCUUACUUACUGUACAGUGGAUCUUCAAGUGGUUUGAAUGGCUCUGCCACAAUGGUUGUUUAUUGUGAGCUGAUUGGUGGCAAUAGCUCUGCUUCUUGUAAUUGUAUACAGUAGUUAGAAGAUCUCCCCUACUACUCAAGCUUUGUAAAGUUAUUGUAAAUAUUCUCGCAAUAUUAAUUGAUAGCAAUUAGCGCAGAGCAAUGAGUUUUUAAAUUUAUCAUCAUA